AUGGCCGAGAGGCAAAUGCUCUCGUUUGCGAAAGUUGUGUCUGGCAAAAACGCGGGUAGCAAUGGUCCUGAAGCGUCUGUGAUGACUCAUGGAGCUGAUUUGCAUACAGAAUCUAUUGAAGCAAUUGCGCACAAUUCCGAAAGAAAGGAGAACGAACCACGACCAGCCGGCGAAAAACAUCGCAACAACAAAAAACGCAGCGCCAGAAAUCGCGAGCGAAUCGAAUGGCGAAACAAGGCAGCAGCUGAACUAAAGGAGAAAGCCGCUCAAGUUGCAGAACCGGAAGAAACAACUAAGCCCGCAGAGCCAGUAAUUCUUGAACCAGCACCGCUUCCAGCCGUUAAUGCCUGGUUUAAAAAUAAAAUAGACACUGCGAGUUCUUCUGAAAGUUCUCCUGAUAAACCUGAGAAUAAAUCCAAACAGACUGAGAUUAAACCAACUAAAAACGAGCAGAAACAAAAGGCUAAAGAGCCAAUAAAAGAGGUUAUCAAAAAUGAGCCUGUUGUUGUCAAGGAGAAUGCUCCCGUUUUGGAAACGAGUCGUUCAGAAAAUGAUCCGGAAUGGCCGUCACUUGCGAUGGCUGAAGUGAACGGCCACGUAUCUCCGUCGAAUUCGGAUGACAAUGAAUUGAAUGGACAGCACAAUAAACACACUGGUAAAACGUCAAAAAAUAGUUGGAAAAAAGUUGAAAUAUCCGUGGAUUACGGGAAUAAAGGAAAGAAUGCGCAACGUGAAAAGGGAACUCGAAGACCUGCGAAUGAAAAGACAGUAAAACGCCGUGGAGAAGCGGAAUCUGGAAGCAGCGACGAACAAUAUUGGACCGCCAACACAAAAGAAGUGAAGCCUUCAACAACUGAAACUCCGGGUGAAAAGUAA